ACGGCCGAGAUCCUGGAGCUGGCGGGCAACGCGGCGCGCGACAACAAGAAGACGCGCAUCAUCCCGCGCCACCUGCAGCUGGCCAUCCGCAACGACGAGGAGCUCAACAAGCUGCUGGGCAAGGUGACGAUCGCGCAGGGCGGCGUGCUGCCCAACAUCCAGGCCGUGCUGCUGCCCAAGAAGACCGAGAGCCACCACAAGACUAAAUAAGGAGCGAGGUUGGGAACAAAAAGGCUCU